AUGGCCUCUAAAGAUACACAGAACCACAAAAGUAGAGGUCCACCUGGUUUACUUCCUGGAGCAGCUGAUGCAGAACAAAACUUCAAUGCCUCGUCUUUCAUUUCAAGAAACCAACUCUGGCAGCCUGAUCUCCCUCCACCAGGCAGUCUCCCACCAACAGUCAAUCUCCCUCCUGGUCUGGAAUACUUAAGCCAGCUAGACCUGAUAAUUAUACACCAGCAGGUGGAACUUCUUGGAAUGAUACUUGGCACCGAGACCUCCAACAAAUAUGAGAUUAAAAACAGCUUGGGACAAAGAAUCUACUUCGCAGUAGAGGAAAGCGUCUGCUUCAAUCGAACUUUCUGUUCCACGCUGCGAUCUUGCACCAUGAGGAUCACAGACACCUCAGGUCGAGAGGUGAUCACAGUAAAAAGACCCUUGAGGUGUAACAGCUGCUGGUGCCCUUGCUACUUACAAGAGCUAGAAAUUGAAGCUCCUCCUGGUACGGUGGUUGCUUACGUUGCACAGAAGUGGGACCCCUUCCUGCCCAAAUUUGCGAUUCAAAAUGCAAACAAAGAAGAUGUUCUAAAAAUUGUCGGUCCUUGUACAACAUGUGGCUGUUUUGGAGAUGUGGACUUUGAGGUGAAAACGAUCAAUGAAAAACUUACAGUUGGAAAGAUUUCAAAGUACUGGUCAGGAUUUGUCAAUAAUGUCUUCACAAAUGCUGACAACUUUGGGAUUCACGUUCCUGCAGAUUUAGAUGUCACCGUGAAAGCAGCCAUGAUUGGUGCUUGCUUCCUCUUGGAUUUUAUGUUCUUUGAACAUUCACUGGCCGGAUUGUAACAACCAAUAUCACGAAAUAAAUAAAAUAUGCAGAACAUAUUUCAAAAUCCCUGGGGCUCUGGAUUUCAUUUCUGAAUAGUUUGAGUCUCUGCUUUCUUUUUGUAACAAAAUGUUAAUUUUGGUAUUUAUUAAAAUAUAAUUUAAUGAGG